GGAAGAAGCCAGUAUAAACAAACAUGGCGGCGGUGGACGUGGAGGACGAGAGUCUCCUCGCCUCCAUCUUUAAGGACCGCUUCUCCCCGGACUGUAACGCUUAUCUGUCGGAGCUGAGCUCUCUGAGGCUCGAGCAGCUGGUCCGAGAGCCGGAGAGACUGCAGGAGGACCGGGCUCUGAUCCUCCAGCAGACCCGGGACCUGGCCUUCAGGAACUACCAGACCUUCAUCCGGACAGCCAACUGCACGGAGCUCAUCUACCGGGACUUCAGCCGGGUGGAGGGCAGCGUGAACCUGCUGAUCGGGAAGCUGCCGGGGCUGGGGGAGAGAUGCAGGGGCUUCAUGAAGGAGGCGGAGGAGAUCGGGUCGAGCCGGAGGAUGAACAGCUUGACGCUGAACCGGCACACGGAGAUCCUGGAGAUCCUGGAGAUCCCGCAGCUCAUGGACACCUGCGUCCGAAACGCAUACUACGAGGAGGCUCUGGAGCUGGCAGCGUACGUGAAGAGGCUGGAGAGGAAACACUCGACUCUGCCCGUCAUCCAGGGUAUCGUGCGCGAGGUGCGUCAGUCCACGUCUCUGAUGCUGAACCAGCUCCUGCAGCAGCUGCGCAGUAACUCCCAGCUGCCCGUGUGCCUGCGUGUGAUUGGCUACCUGCGCAGGAUGGACGUGUUCACGGAGGCGGAGCUUCGGGUGAAGUUCCUGCAGGCGCGCGGCUCCUGGCUGAGCUCCAUCCUGGCCGCCGUGCCUAACGACGACCCCUACUUCCACAUCACCAAGACCAUGGAGGCGUGCCGCGUGCACCUGUUCGACGUCAUCACGCAGUACCGCGCCAUCUUCUCCGACGACGACCCCCUGCCCGGCAGCCAGGUGAACGAGGCGGCCAUCUUCCACGGCUGGGUGGUGAAGAUGGUGUCCGAGUUCCUGCAGACGCUGGAGAGGGACUUGCAGCGAGGGGUGGGGGGGCGUCUGGACUCCCUGCUGGGUCAGUGCAUGUACUUCGGCCUCUCCUUCAGUCGGGUCGGGGCAGAUUUCCGCGGCCAGCUGGCUCCGAUGUUCCAGCGCUCGGCGGCGGAGACGUUUCGCGGCGCCGUGUCGGAGGCGCUGGAGAGGUUCCAGGAGGACAUGAACGUGUACACCCUGAUCUCCAUGCCCUCGGUGCUGGGGGGCUCCAUCCCCCCCCAGCAGGGGCCCCAGCCCGGCACCCUGCAGCCCCCCCUCUCUCUGCUGGACUUCACCCCGCUCGCCUGCUUCCUCAACAACAUCCUGAGCGCCUUCAACGACCUGAGGCUCUGUUGCCCUGUGGGCCUCGCUGAGGAGGUGAGCGUCUGCCUGCAGGACGCCAUGACCAACGUGACGCGUCAGGUGUUGCUGUUCCACCGUGCAGAGGAGUCGGCGUUCAGCGCUCGAGAGAAGGACCUCUUCCUGUCGUUCUGCUGCUCGUACGCUGAGGAUCUGCUGCCUUUCAUCAACCGCUGCCUUCAGAUCCUCUUCCCGCCCAAUCAGAUCGCUCUCAUCCUGGGAGUUCCCGUCUCUCAGCUGCACAGAUUCGGUAGUUUGGGAACCAUCGACAUCGCCGCCAUCCUGACGCCGCUCAGCUUCCUGCUGCCGCAAAUCGAAAUUGCGCCGGAAGAGAUCCAACUUCCAGAAAUCUCCUCCGAUAUCGACAUUUCCCCCGAACUCAGCGGCCUCACUUUGGAGACGCAGCGACAGGAAGUGGAGACGCAGCAACAGGAAGUGGAGACGAAGCAACAGGAAGUAGAGACGCAUCAACAGGAAGUGGAGACGAAGCAACAGGAAGUGGAGACGCAGCAACAGGAAGUGGAGACGCAGCAACAGGAAGUAGAGACUCAUCAACAGGAAGUGGAGACGCAGCAACAGGAAGUGGAGCUGAGCGAGGAAACGGGAAAAAGCGAGUCUGAGGAUCAGGACGAAGACUUUUCUCUGGAGUGACUACUAUGAUUAAAUAACUCUAUUAAUAAUAAUAAUAAAAAUGAAUAUAUAAUGAUUUCUCCAGUGGGAGGGUUCCCUGCUGUGGUGAUGGGACGUUCAAAUGAUUUAUUGGAAAGAAAAUACUCUUUAAGGUGAAGGGAAAUGCUAAGUCUGUGUUCACACCUCUUUUUAUGCAUUUGCCCUUAAAGUCCAGAUAAUGUUGAAAUGUUUUUAUAAAGUGUUUUUCUUUUGGCUGAGGUGUAAAGUUGGUGUAUGGAUAAAAGCUAAGUGUAAACAUGUAUAGUGAAUAAAUGGGAUUUCAACGUGUAA